CGAUUUCUCGAUUUGGUACUUUACAGGUACUUUAUCUGGCUCGAUUAGACGUAGUUGGGUUUGCUAGGGUUGCCGGUACGAUUGUAUUGUACGAUAAUUCAUUUUGCUCUGAGGAUUGAUAUCAAAAUGUCAGGUCGUCAACAAGAAGUAAAUAGUCAGGGCUCGGAGGAACGCAUCGAUCUGAUGAGUCCUAAAUCUUUGACCACAGAGGAGAGUGAUUUGCUAAGAAGACUUCGUCUCGAGUCUGCAUGGACAAGAGGUUAUCCCCUCGCACUCAUUUCAGGAGGGCUGACUGUUAUUGCGACUAGAAAAGUCCAAAGUUCCAGAUUACGAAUUGCUCUUGCCAUAGUUGGGGCCGUUUCAGGGAAUAUUGUUGGCAAGAUCUCCUACCUCCCAGUUAUUCAACAACGGAUUCUAACCGAACUACCCGAGUCCUCACCUUUGAGACAGAAAGUACAGGCAUUUAAAGAUGGCGGACCAGAAGCCAUAGCUAGAUUAAGUCGUUCACUGUCGAAUGAAGCCCCUGCAGAUGAAUUGAACCAUGACGUGACCUUUGACACUGGCUCAGAAUAUGAAAAGAAAAAUAUGGAACCAGAUUCUGGAACGAAGCCGGUGAAAAUUUAUACUUCUUAUGAAGAAUUGCGUAAAAAACAUCGAGAAGAGCGUUCUUUAAAACCUACUAAACCGGAACAACAAGAAACUCUUGGCUUUUUAAACCAAUCAAAUGUCAAGAGACAAAAUGAAAACUCUCCCGCAAAUGAUGAUUCUGAAACAUCGCCACUAGGAGACUCAAGUGCCCCAUCUAGGCCUGUUAGAUAUAAUAAGUAUGGCGAUCCAAUCCUUGAGUAGAAUUUGUAUACUGUGUUCAUUCCCACUCUUAUUCUAUCUCAGCAUUUGAGCAUUUUGAGAGAUGAUUUUUGUACUAGUCUAUAACCUUACGAUGGCAGGGUUGGGGUGUGAAUUCUAUGCGAAUGUCAUUUUAAAAUUAAGCGCACAUCAAAUCGGCAUGCAUUGGUUUAUUGAGAUGUCAAGCAAGUGAAAUCACAUACCAAGGUAACUUUAUGAUGCCAAAAUCGCAUUUCCAAAUGGCACCGAAAAUGUCUUUCCUAAACACGAUAGUUUUUCAUCAGCCAAAUUAGAAAACUUGUAAUCGCAUUGAGUAGACUAUCGAUUUUUAUCUUUCUGCCAUACUGGGUUCUGACAAUAGUAAUUUUAUCUUAAUACCUUUUGACCAGUGGUUCUCGAACAGGGGGGAGCGACCCACAAAAGGGGCGUACAAAAUUUUUUGAGGGGACAUGAAGCUAAUUAAAAUUAAGAAUAUUUGUUAAAUUUGAUCUCGUCUGCCUUAUUUUGUAUAUUUAAGUUCUCUCUUCUUUAAGUAUUUUAAAGUAUUAAAACAUACUUUGAAUUCACUAUCAGUUAUUCGUAGCUUAAUGUAAACGAGUUAUUUGCAGGUGGGACGCGAGACUUGACAAAUUCGGAAAAGGGGGCACUAGUUUAAAGUUUGAGAACCUCUGCUUUAGAUAGAUUUGUUGAGGUUUCGCUAUUUCGGAAGUUUUUGAAAUGUCAUCUUAGCAUACAUACUAUAGCUGGUUUGGCCUUCAUGCUUUUGAAUUUUUUUAAAUGCAUAAAACUUGAAUGAUUUUCUAAAUGUUGAGCAACAAGUUUCUUUCAUAUUUUGACAGUUUUAAUCAGAUGUGUAAUUUUUUGUAAAGAAAGAUAUUUGUAUUUUUCAGUCACACAGCUCAUUUUGUAGGGAUGCUCCAGGACAA